CCUCUACUUGAGAUCUUCGGCAACCUCACCGUAUAUAUGUGCCUCUUCCCUGCCCCUGAUGCAGUGAGGAGUCAUUCAGUGUUCAGGUACAGGAUAGUUCGGGUGAUAUCUGAGCAAUAACCGCGUGCUGAGCUCUACAGUCUGCUCUGUGCUACUGAAUCGGUGAUUUGGUAACAUGGCUGCCCGUUUCGCUUUAGUGAUGCUGGCCACCAUGGCCAUGGUGUAUGCUGCCCAGGCCGGUGACCCAGAGCUCACCACCGACUUCUUCGUUCCGAUGGGCACCAACAAAGCCGACUUGAACGGUGACUACUUUACCUCGAUGGUGUUCCGUGGGGAGCCCGCAGUACCCGAGGGUGCCAAGAUCGGCGUGAAGAGGAUCACUUCUGACUCCUUCCCAGUGCUCACCGGACUCGGCGUGUCAUCCGCCCAGAUCAAGUACUUGCCCGGCGGCAUCAACCCUCCCCACACCCACCCCAGGGGCACCGAGCUGUUGAUUGUGCAGAAGGGAAUCCUCACCGUGGGUCUGGUGGACACCACCAACAAGUUCUACACCAAGGAGUUGCAGGCGGGCGACGUGUUCGUGUUCCCCAGGGGUUUGGUGCACUACCAGAUCAACUUGAGCCACAAGCCAGUGAUCGCUUACGUCGGGUUCAGCAGUUCCAACCCCGGUACCGUGUCACUGCCUGCAACCUUGUUCGGGUCAGGCAUCCCAGACAACGUGCACAUGGCUGCAUUCAGGGUCAACCAGCAUGUCGUUGACAAGCUCCAGGCUCCAUUCAAGAUGUAGAUGACUAUUUGAAAUGGAUAUCGGACGACAUUCUUGUUUGAAACACUAUUCGAUUGAAUAAAAGCUGCAUUCUUUGAUUGAUAAA